AUGAAUAACCUAUUAUGUUCCGCUCUGUUGAUUUCAGUUAUACUUAUUCUUACAGACGCAGAUUGUAAAAAUGGUGGAAUAUUGGUGGAAGAAAAUGGAACAUUAAAAUGUAACUGUCCACCAAACACAUUCGGUGACGAUUGCAAUUGUCGAUACAAGUUUACAAAUGUAACAUUUUUGGAGCCCGAUCACUACGGAGAAAGUGCAGGAUCUGAUUCAGCGAAAUGUGAUGAAAACUGUGCUAUCGACACCAGAUGUUCCACUUCUACCAUGCUUCCUAGUGGUAAAACAUGUUAUCAUUACGAAACACCAAUUAUCUUAGUGACGUAUGAUAGAGAUGAAGAUAAAUGUAUUGGAAGGUGCAACGAGAUGAGUGAAUGUAAAACGUUUGGCAUUGACACCGGCAUGAAUUCUGCUUGUGUUUUAUUUAACGUUACCUUGGACAAGAUUCCAGAUAAAAUGAAACGAGCUUACCAAACCUUUUUUAAAGCAGGAGAAAAAAUCUGCGAAUAA